CGCAAGGGCUCUUUGUAUGCGCGGCAAUGUCCAACUGCAGCCCGUGCGUCUUAAAGCCAACUGCUUGAAUUAUGGCAAAUUGUGAUAGACAUGGGGAAAGCAGAUGUAGGGGAUCGUGAGAAGAUGAGACACCAAUUUCAAAUUCGGUGAAAACGCGGCCAGGGAGAACAAGGAAUACUGAAGUGCGUUUCUAGGUUUUUUUCUUGGAAGACAGAUUGGAUACAUGUGUCUCGUCCCCAGCCCAACCACAGCAGGGAUCCGCUGUGAGAAAAACACAACAGGCUACGAAGCUUAUUCAGCGCUACUCGUCACCUCCAGAACGCGUAUCUACUGGUCGGGGAUGGAGGGGAGGUAGGAGGGAGGUGGCGUGGGCUCCGCUUCUUCCCUAUACACCUCUUCUCCCGUUUUUCUGUGCUCCCGCUUUCGGGUUGCUGCAGAGCGGGGGGUUCCGGUGAUGUAUGGCGGGCUGUCAAAGACAGGCUCGAUGUUGACCGUGGGAGCUGAAUUAUUGCUACUGUAGAUGGUUCUCCAAUGGGCCCGACGCGCGUUUUUAUCCCUGGACAGACGACAUCCCCCAAAUCGUAAACAACUCCUUCCACUCUGUGCGCAGGUGCCAAUAUAAACAGUUCAGCGAAACAACUCCAUCUUCCUGCGCCACCUCCCAUCCCGCCUGAAAGUUGCAGGUCCCAUCGGCCUCCAGAAUGACGGUUGCUACGGGCGACCCUGCCGACGAGGCGGCAGCACAUCCGGGUGAUCCUUACGACCCCGAACCGGACCACGAGUGCUGCGAGAGGGUGGUCAUCAACAUUUCAGGCUUACGCUUCGAGACCCAGCUCAAGACCCUCUCCCAGUUCCCAGAGACUCUGCUGGGAGACCCCAAAAAGAGGAUGAGGUACUUUGACCCUCUGAGGAACGAAUACUUUUUCGACCGAAACCGUCCGAGUUUCGACGCCAUCCUCUAUUACUACCAGUCUGGAGGGAGACUACGCCGGCCCGUCAAUGUGACUUUGGACAUUUUCUCAGAGGAGAUCCGGUUUUACGAGCUGGGUGAGGAGGCCAUCGAGAUCUUCCGGGAGGACGAGGGCUUCAUCAAGGAAGAGGAGCGGACUCUGCCUGAGAAUGAGUUCCAGAGACAGGUGUGGCUGCUGUUCGAGUACCCGGAGAGUUCGGGCCCUGCUCGCAUCAUCGCCAUCAUCUCCGUUAUGGUCAUCCUCAUCUCCAUCGUCAGCUUCUGUCUGGAGACGCUGCCCGUCUUCCGGAACGACGAGGAAGACAUGCACAAAGUGUACCAGCCCUUCUCCAACACCACCUCCGUCUACACCUCCACCUACUUCACCGACCCCUUCUUCAUCCUGGAGACCCUCUGCAUCAUCUGGUUCUCCUUUGAAUUCCUGGUGAGGUUCUUUGCCUGUCCCAGCAAAGCAGGCUUCUUUGGCAAUAUCAUGAACAUCAUAGACAUUGUGGCCAUUAUCCCCUAUUUCAUCACCUUGGGCACAGAGCUGGCAGAAAGGCCAGAGGACGGGCAGGCGGGUCAACAGGCCAUGUCGCUGGCUAUCCUGCGCGUCAUCAGGCUUGUCCGGGUGUUCCGUAUCUUCAAGCUUUCGCGCCACUCCAAGGGGCUCCAGAUUCUAGGCCAGACUCUUAAAGCGAGUAUGCGCGAGCUCGGCCUGCUCAUCUUCUUCCUCUUCAUCGGGGUCAUCCUCUUCUCCAGCGCCGUGUACUUCGCAGAGGCCGACGAGGCCGACUCCCAAUUCAGCAGCAUCCCCGAGGCCUUUUGGUGGGCCGUGGUUUCCAUGACGACCGUGGGCUACGGGGACAUGGUGCCCACCACCAUCGGAGGCAAGAUCGUCGGCUCCCUGUGUGCCAUCGCCGGCGUGCUGACCAUCGCCCUGCCCGUGCCCGUCAUUGUGUCCAACUUCAACUACUUCUACCACCGCGAGACGGAGGGCGAGGAGCAGGCUCAGUACCUGAAUGUUCCCAGCGUGCCUAAGGUGGACUCGGCCGAGGACCUGAAGAAGAACGGGCGGAGCGGGAGCGGCUCCACCCUCAGCAAGUCGGACUACAUGGAGAUCCAGGAGGCUGGAAACCACAGCACGGAGGACUUCCGCCCCGAAAGCCUCAAAACAGGCAACUGCACCGUGGCCAACACCAACUACGUCAACAUCACGAAGAUGCGCACAGAUGUAUAACCCGGGUUGGAGACAGACCACCGUGGUUGGGAUGCAGGAGGAGGAGGACACUAGGGGGAGUGAAGGAACGGACCAAUGACCUCGCCCUUGUUCCUAUCCAUGUUUUGGAGAGCUUGGAGCCCCAAUGUGGAAGUCCGGUUUUGUGAGGCUCGGCUGGGAGAAGAGGACCAAUAGAGGGGACUCUGACCUCCACCUGUGUCCACACCUCCCUAGAACCACCAUUCCACCCCUCGAUUGGACAUUUUCAGUGUCUGCAUGGAGUUAGUCUUAACUGUGUGACAGUUCCUGCUAGUUAAAGUAGCCAAAUAGUAGCCUAAACACUAAUAACCAAUAUUUACAACAUAGAGGGACCGCUGAUUGCUCAACUUUCGCCUCCAUUUUCUUUUUUGAAAACUCUCGGGGAAGUCCCUUCCUUAGCCUUCAACUUGAUAAGAAAAAAGGAAUACAAGACAAAAAGCUUGUGACUUGGUGUUUAAGAUAAACUUCACUCCACGGCUAUUACAACUGCCAACGUGAUGAGAUUCUGCUCCUCCUGGCGCCCUUCGCCCUUCCCAGCCCACCACCGCCAUCCAAGCUGUACGCUCGAUGAGUCAGACAAAAUUGAGGGCCACCUCACAGAGGUUGCAGAAGUGGAAAAUUGAGAGAGAUAGAGAGAGUGAGCGAGAGUGUGUGAGAGAGAGAGAGAGAGAGAGAGAGAGAGAGAGAGAGAGAGAGAGAGAGAGAGAGAGAGAGAGAGAGAGAGAGAGAGAGAGGGAGGUAUUUGGAAGAGAAAAAAAAGAAACGUAGGACUGUUUGACCACAAUGGUCACUUUCACUCUGACUAAAAGUGACUCCUCAUUAAGGACUUGAGGACAGUAACAUUCCACCCUCACAUAAUGGCUAAAUUGGAUUGCUGGAUUUUUUCA